AUGUCCAAUCCCCGAACCAGCGCCCCCGACUUCUUGCACAAUGACGUAGAGAGCGUGGUCCCCUCUCUGCCCUCCCUUCCCCAGAGCCCCAUCGGAGAGAAGAUGAUGGACAGCAUCGGUGACCUCAGGAGUAGCCCUGAAGCUAUCCCAGAGGAGGACAUGCCGCAUGUCCCCGACACCAUAUCCUUGGCCGAUGCGGCUUCUAUGACGACCUCUCAGUACGAUGCCCUCAUACAUGAAGAGCUCGAACACUUAUGGAUACUCAAUUUGUCUAUGCACUUCCGAGACAAAUCUAAACGAGAGAAAUUCUUCGUCACGUACCGGGAGAGAGACACGCUAUGGCGAAGAGUGACCAUUUCGUUGGAUUAUCGCAGUGCGCCAGAUAAUUCGCUCGAAAUGGACCUCCUUCACACGAAGUUUCAACGAGACAAGAGCGCCAAGAUCUACGAGGCAAUUCGGGAGAGCCUCGUCGACAUCCAAUUCUAUGACACUGUAACAAAUCUGAAGCUGCAAACCACAGAUGAGAUUCCCGGUCCAGACACCGUGGAUGAAUUUCUAUACGAGAUAAACGCGCUCAACCGUUUGCGCCAUUCUCAUAAUGUUAUUCGCUUUUACGGUGUCAUCGUGGACGACAAUGACGAUCAUGUCAAAGGUUUGCUCAUUGACUACGCAGAGCAGGGAGCUCUGAUCGAUGUCAUUUUCGACCACGAUCAUCAGCUGUCUUGGCCCAGGCGUGAGAGGUGGGCACGACAGAUUGUUGAAGGACUCUCAGAAAUCCAUGAGGCUGGAUUUGUCCAAGGAGACUUUACGCUCUCCAACAUCGUAAUUGACGAUGACGACAACGCAAAAAUCAUAGACAUCAACAGAAGAGGCUGCCCAGUGGGCUGGGAGCCUCCGGAGGCGACUCCACUUAUUGAAAGCAACCAACGUAUCUCAAUGUACAUCGGUGUGAAAUCCGAUCUCUAUCAAUUGGGCAUGGUUCUUUGGGCGCUCGCGGCACAGGAAGACGAGCCCGAGUCUCAUGGCCGACCCCUUCAGCUCGGCACUGAGCUCGAGGUUCCGCAGUGGUACCGCACCGUCGUCGAGACUUGCCUGGCUGAAGACCCGCGGGUAAGAGCUCAGGCUUUCUACCUGCUUGGCAUGUUUCCAGAUCCACAAGAGACGGAUGCGGACUGGGCUCGGCGCAACCCGCCGUCCAUCUCUGUCGAUGAUGGCUUCUCGGUGCAGGAGUACUUUGUGGAAGGCUAUUCCAAGUUCGGCCGCCCACGGAUCAGGACUAUCCAGCCACACGACUGGUCUUAUGUGAGCGAGAUGUCUCAUACGCCGAUCGCCACCCAGUCCACUACCAAGCAACGUUGA